UUUUCGAACGACUCCUAUUUUCGAACGGCCAUUUUGUUCGCGGUUUCUAGCAUUAUAACGAGUGAUGUGACGUCACCGAGCAGCCGAAUUGACAGCAGGAAUUCCCUCGCAUCAGCUCCGACAAAAUGCUUCGCGUGAAGCUUCCAAAGGUUAUCCCUUCAGCUGAGAAAACGAAGUAUAGAGGUUAUCCUGAUGAAAAUAUAACUGAGGCAUAUUCAGCUGUGCUGAAGGAUGGUAUGGCAAUCAGGAAAGCCGCAAGAUUGUUUGGGAUCCCUGUAUCUACUCUCCAUGAUAGAUUAAGUGGCAAGAUCGACAUAACAUGCACAAGACCGGGUCCUGAACCUCUAUUUAACAGACAGGAAGAGGAAAAGUUGGUUGAUCAUGUAAAAAGUAUGGGAUCAUAUGGAUUUGGCUAUACACGCAAUGAUGUCAUCACCAUAGCAACAGACCUUGGAGUUUCCCUUGGGAAAAUAGAGGAUGGUAAGCAGCUGUCACUGCGAUGGUUUUAUGCCUUCUUGAAGAGGUGGCCCGACUUAAAUGUUCAACAACCAAAAUCACUGAAACUUCAAAGAGCGAAAGCUACGACUGAAGAAAAUGUGGCCAAUUACUACUCUCACCUUGAAACCAUACUGGAUUUUACUACAACUGUGAUUGGAUGUGCUAAUGCUAUUGGUAAUGCUUUACCACCUUUCUUCAUGUUCAAGGGACAGAGAAUGAGGGAGGAGCUCCUUGAAGGAUCGUUGCCUGGAACUGCUGGAACUGUUAGUGAAACAGGAUGGUCUAACAGCCAGAUUUUCAGGAACUAUAUCAGUGACCAUUUCCUGAAAUACAGCAUGCCAGCCACUAAGGAGAAGCCUGUCUUGAUUUUGUUUGAUGGCCAUCGUUCUCACGUUUCAGUGGCCUUGAGUGAAUGGGCAAGAAAACGGAACUUGAUUCUGUUUGUACCUCCCGCCCAUACUUCACACAUUUUACAGCCCAUGGAUGUUGGAUGUUUUGGUCCUUUUGAGAGGAUAUAUUGUAACAUCCGUCACGAGUAUCUGCGGGAAAAUGCAGCUAAGAGAGUCCAGAAACAUUCGAUCUGCAGAUUAGGAUGCAAGGCAUAUUCAGCUGCUCUCACACCAGCCAACAUUCAAGCAUUUUUUCGUAAAUGUGGAAUAUCACCAUUCGACAAGCAUGCUGUUAACAAGAUCAAUUUCGUACCAGCUACAGUGUACAAGAAGACAGAGAAUGCAGCCAUGGCAGGCACAGAGAAUCAAACAAAAGCAACAAUAGUCCUGUUAACCACCUCGGCAAGUGAAUUGUCAACCCAAAGAGAAACCAAUCUGCAAACCACUUCAAAAACAACAGUCUCAAACUUUUUCCAACGGCUUGAUAAUGUAAUCUUUGAGGAUCCAAACCCCACAAAAAAGAGAAAUGUGAUGAGUGCAAUUGUCGGAGGAAAAGCUAUUACUGAAACAGCCACAUUGCAGAAGAUGAAGGACCAUGAAGCUGCUCAUCCACCACCACUGAAAAAGACAAGGGGAAAAUCUACCGGAAAAUCUGCUGAACCAUUGCCAAGAACAUCAGGGACCAAAUCAUCAAACAUGAAGAAAACUUUGCAAGUGUCUGACAGUGACUCAGAAAUCGUUGAUGAUGAUGAGGAAGUGUGUUGCAAGUGUAAACUGUUCCAGCCAGUUGAGGUUAGAAGCUGUGUCUCCCUCAUAUUCGUGAAGUGGGCUCAAUGUACACAUCCUACUUGCCAACACCUGGUACAUCUUGGAUUUUGCACUCCAGUUAAAACUGUGCGUUGCAAAUCAGAAUAUUGGUGCCCAUGUCAUGAUGAAAGAGAAGAUUAAAUGUGCUUUAUUCAAAGAAAAGACUGAUGUAAAUAUUUUUGUGUGCAUUUCACAGUUUUCUGACGUUAAAUCUUCGUAUUUGAACUGUGUGAACUUUUUACUGUGAUUUCUGACGAUAUAAUGUCCCCAACGGAGCACCGUACAUCGCCUUACAUUCCUCGGGAAACCCUUCUAUCGGACUGACCAAUCAGUGUUCGAAAACUGGUGACGUCACUUCAUUGAUCGGAUGUUGACAUCGCAUGCAAAUGGCAGCCGCGCUUUUUUAACGAGGAUGUUUCUGACAUUGGAAUUUGUGCUUAUUGCCUGCUGGAAUGUGUCAGCUAAGGUAGGAAACGUAUUUUAUUGUUGUCCGCUGAAUUACUGAUGUUUUAAAAACGCCGUCGCCUUAUCUGUUCGAAAACCGGUUACGCG